CUCGUCUUCUGCCUGGAGGUCGCUGGUCCUCGACCUGACGCCAAAGACCCCAAAACAAGCGACUCGACCGAGCACGGCCCAGAGACGCACCACCACCAUCGUCCUUUCAUGCCUAUCUUCCCAGGCAGGCGCUGGCCCGACGCCGUCUCCCUGAGUGCACACUGGACUUAGUCCCCCAGCCACCAUGGACGACGGCGACCUGGGCAAGCCCAUCUCCGAGACCUGCAACGCAGUCGACUCGAGGGUCAACGACAAGGAUGGAGACAAGCAACAUGAUCCCAGCCCGCCAGAUGAUGGCCCAACGCGCUAUUGGCUCAUCUCGGCCGCGUUCCCCAUGAUUGCUGGCACUCUCGGCCCCGUUGCCUCGGCCUUCAGCAUCUGCGCACUCGUCGAGAAAUGGAGGGCGGUGAUCCCUCCCGGGGCCGGCAUCCAGGCUGCCUACCCGAUCCCGGAUCCUCUCUGGCUCUACAUCAUCAACGCCGUGCAGCUCGCCAUCGCCCUAAUCGCAAACCUGUUCCUCCUGCUCAACAUGGCCAAGCGAGUCCGCUUCUCCAUCGCUCAGCCAAUUACCAUUGCCGGUUGGUACUUCUCCGCGGUCUGCCUCGUCGCCCUCGCGGCAACAGCAGCGGGCCCGCUCCAGGACGAGAAGACCGAGGGCGACAUGAUCUGGUCACAGGCAUUCUACUACGGCAUCUUCGCGGCGCUGCUGUACUUCAUCGUGGCAUCUCUGAUGUCGGUCACGAUCUGGGGUGCAAACGCUGGCCACUACUCAAAGGACUUCAAGCUGACACCCAGCCAGCGCACGCUCAUGCUCCAGACUAUCCUGUUCCUCAUGUAUCUGCUGCUUGGUGCUCUCCUCUUCUCCAACAUAGAGGGCUGGGCAUACCUGGAUGGCGUGUAUUGGGCAGAUGUCACACUCUUCACUGUUGGUUUUGGAGACUACUCUCCCGCCACCACUCUUGGCCGCGCCUUGAUGAUGCCAUAUGCCCUAAUCGGCAUCACAAGCCUCGGUCUUGUCAUCGGUUCCAUCCGAAGUAUGGUUCUCGACCGCGGCAAGACACAACUCGAUGCCAGAGCUCUUGAGAGGAAGAGAAGACACUUCAUCCGCCGCCUGCUGCGCAAGGAGCAGCAAGGCAUCCUGGAGCCGAUCGACGGCGACGCCCUUGUGGUUUUCCCAGAACUCAAGGGUAAGCGGCUCGUGCGUUCCGAAUUCGAGCGCCGGGGAGCCGAGUUCAACUUCAUGCGCAGGAUCCAGGCGCAGGCGUCCAGGCGGCGCCGCUGGACCGCCAUGGGCAUAUCGACGUCGACACUGCUGGUCCUCUGGCUCGUGGGUGCCAAAGUAUUUGAAAGCUGUGAGGCCCAGUGGCAAGGGUGGUCGUACUUUGACGCCAUGUACUUUGCGUACACGGGCCUGACGACGAUCGGUUUUGGUGAUCUCACGCCGGUGUCUAAUCCUGGCAAGGCCUUCUUCGUCAUCUGGUCCCUCCUCGCACUGCCGACGAUGACUGUGCUUAUUUCGAAUGCCGGCGACACUAUAGUGCGGCUGAUUCGCGACGGGACGCUCAAGCUCGGCAAUCUCACCAUUCUGCCUGGCGAGAUGUCGUUCUCGAAAGAGGCCAAGAUGUUCCUGCACAAGGUGACGCUCGGGCUGUUCCCGGCACCAAUCGAAGACUUUGAGCCAUCUCCGCCGGGAUUCUUUGGCUUUGGGCCUCGUCCACAGCACCCAGACUCUGAAGCCGACGAGGAAACUGCUGACGGGCAGGACUCGGGAGAAGGUCUGGGAAGGGCGCGGAACGCUAAGUACCAUGAUGCUAUGGGGGAUAUGGAGCAUGAGGAGGACGAUGUAGUCCCCAGCAAAAGCGCGCCUAUGUCAAAAGCCCACGACGAAAAAGAGGAGAUUGGGGGGAAGGAGAAGUCGCCGCCGUAUCAGCCAUCGCGCGCCGAGUACCAUCUUGUCUUGAUCGACGAGAUCUGCAAGGUCACACAGCAUCUACGUGAGCAACCACCACGCAAGUAUAGCUACGCCGAGUGGGCGUGGUACCUCCGCCUUAUCGGCGAGGAUGAGGCCAGCGCCGAGACACAUGGAACAGCGCACGCACCAAAAAAGCGGCAACUGGCUUUUGGGCGUCGGAGAAGGGCGGUGCGAAUUGAUGGUACGGAACAGGAUGCGGACGCCAACGAGAAUGCGAUUGAGGAAGAGGACCAUGAAGACAUCGAUGUGCAACAAGAGGAGCAUGAGAAAAAGGAACAGCUCGACCAUAGCACCACAGACACCCAUAACGGCGGCGGCGGCGGCGGCAACAGCGAAAUCAACGAUGGUCAAGGCGGCGAAGCAGAAGCGGCUGCCUCCUCGUCUGAAACUAUCCGUCACACAGCGCAAAUUGUGCCAGAGACCCAAGGGCACAGAGAGGGAGCAGAAGCGGACAAGACGAAAUGGAGCUGGAUCGGGACCAAGUCGCCGCUUCUCGACGCCCGUGACGAGGCAGAAUGGAUCCUGGAUAGGCUCGAGGAGAGACUGCGCAAGGAGCUCGCUGCUGUCGCUGUCGCUUCGGGCUACGAUGGCGUGAGAGUGACAGCCGCAAGGCAAGGAGAAGACUUGGAAAAAAGAAGGUCAGAGUGCCAACUCUGGGAUUGAAAAAGUUGUGGAAAGCACAAGGCGCGAGCAUUUGGUGUAAUGGCGACUUCACACCUAAGGGACGGCUUGUGCCCUUUAAAUAUACUUUGGAACAAGUUGUCAUAUGCA